ACGGAAAUCAUAAACAGAUCCUUAACGUUUAUGUUAACUACAAUAUUGUGAUGGAACGGUUUCAUUUUAAUACUGAGCUCCAAACUGGUCCCAAGAGUCCACUCUACACUUUUAUCGAUUUAAUCUGCACCAUAACUGUAAUACAAUCGGCCCUGGACGACUAUUUGUCUCCAGGCUCUUCGAGAAACAUUACCAGAGCGACAAUUGAUGGUGCUUCAUUCACAUCAGUCGAGUCAUGGCAAAAAGGUUAACAUAUUGAACUGAUUGAUUGGAUACAAAGUCUUACACGUGACAAACACAACAGUGAUCAAUAUCUUUAUUAGAUCAAGCAAAUAUAAAAGAAAAUGCCAGGGACCUCAUGGUAUUAGCGAGAGUUGCUUCAAGCAAAAUGACUUUGUAGACGGAGGAAAUGGAUUAAAAAGUGCAGCAAGAGGAGCUUUACAAUGGAUCAUAGUGACCGCUUCCUGUCACCAAAUGUGGCCGAGGAACAUGGACACCAUACCAGAUCGAGGUCCUUUAAGGGUCGACCUCGACCGAAGGAACAUGAUGAACAUGAAUUCCGUCCUCGGAGGAAUAGCAUGCCUUCUCACCAUCAUACACAUCGCGGACAUUCUCCUAAUAAUAUUGCAGACGGCGAAGAUGAGGAAUCUAAAGGAGCACUGUGCAGGGUACGAUCUUUCAAGACAACAUCCAAAGGUGGUAUUGUUAAUCGUGGUGACAGCGUCAAACGCAAUAGGUACAAAGAUCACCUACAUGCUUCUAACAGUUUUUCAUCAGACAAUGAAGUUCGGCAUGUAUCCAGUUCAGAUUUAGAAUGUGUUGGCCAAAAUGAAGAGACAGAGAAUGUGCCUUUUACUGUUGUUGUGUUAGGGCCUGCUGGUGUUGGCAAAACUCUUCUGACAACACAGUUUAUGACGUCAGAGUACAUUGGAACGUCAUCUGAUGGCGACGGAGGUGAUAAAACAGUGACGGUACAGCUAGAUGGCGAAGAAUCCACAAUCCGAUUUAUAGAUCCUUCCAGAGAAGAGGAAGACGUAAACGAGCAUGAAGUUGAUGCCUACCUUGUUGUUUUUUCCGUCAACGACCGGUCAACGUUUGAGAUGGCGGUCGAGACUUUGUUUCAGAUUCGACAUGAGCUCUGUUCCCAGAAAGCAGUUAUUCUGGUCGCCAACAAAAUUGAUAUUGUCAGAAAAAGGGUCAUUUCUUCAGAGGAAGCUCGUGCGGCAGCACACCAGUACGAUAGCAAAUACGCUGAGACAUCAGCGGCCCUGAAUCACCAUGUGGAUGAACUUCUGGUCGGUGUGCUCAGUCAAAUUCGGCUUAAACAUGACCCGGAAGCAGUUGAGGAACAUGAAGCGCACAAAACCCACAAGGAACACCGAAGGGGCUCCUUUCGAAUUGCCAAAGGAAUUCUUACAAAGCUGUUCAGAAAACACAGUAAAAAAGACAAGUCAUGCGAGAAUUUGUAUGAGUUGUGACGUUAUAUUCUUCAAUUGUACUUCAGUGGUUACAUUUUAUUACCAUUGUCAAAAAUGAAAUUUGUAAAUUUGCUUUUAUAUAUGCUUUUGUAUUUCAUGCAGUAGCUGAUUAUUUCGUUGUUUUUCUUUUCUGUAUAUAUAUCAGACAAGAAAUCACUGGCAACAAUUGGUCCAAAUUUUUACAUACGUGAUCUUCGACCAAAAGAAAAAAGGAAUUUACUUUUACACUAGACAAGUAUUUUGCUAAUUAAAUAUUGAUAUUUUUUAGGGAUAAAUUUUUUUUGAGCAAAAACAUGUUGAAAACAAAACAACAAAGUCCCAUUAUACUAAAUCAAAUUUUACAGUAAAUAUGUCUUUGUGUCAAAUAAUGUCGUUAGACGGUGGCUAGUUUUCUUUAUAUGCAUUGUAGAGGAAUUUACGAUAAUUACCAAAUUAAAAACUUCAGAUUUCAGGUCAGUUAUUGUGAUAAUUAAAAAAUUGAACAUCAGAUUUCAGAAGAAAAGAAGAAAUUAAAUUCAUUAAAAACACAGUUUGGCAAUGUUAUCGGAUUUCAUCCUUUCGACUGAAAGGCGCAUCCUGUAAAUUUCUGAAAUAGGUACUGGUUGGACGUAAUUUUAAUAUAACUGUAUUGUAAAUACAUGUAUUUACUUUUAUUUCCAACCAGUCUAUUCAAAAUUUACAACGUGUCACGUGUGGCCAAUGGCGUCUUUCGAUGAUAUAAAAUUUUGUUCAGUGCAUAUUUCGAUUUUCCUGUUUUAUUCUAAUGUUUUUAAAUAACCUCAACCAUAUUUUCAACUGAAAUCACGUGGUCAAAAAUAUGCAGUUACAAACCAUAUCAGUAAGGAAUAUCAUCGUAUGCAACACAUUUUUCCAUUGCUUUGAACAUGAGCGUAGUUAUGCGUUGACAUAUAGUGACUACCUAUUUCUUAAUUUACGUCAGAAUAUUAUGCCAGCUCUUGUCUGGUGUACUUUUUUUUAUCAUCUAAUAAAAGUUCUUUGUUGUCACAUUUUCACACAGGAGUUCGCGUAUCAAUUUUACCGAAAUUUUCAGUGAAUAUAAAAAUACUGUGUUAUUAUUACAGGUAUUACGUAUUUUUAUAUUUACUGAAAAUUUCGGUAAAAUUGAUAGGAACGCGCACUCCAGUGCAUUUUAAUAUAAUGUUGAUGCUUUUUGCAUAUUACAUUGUCCAAGCUGCAAAGCCAAACCAAUAUUUCUUUUGUCAUUUUGUUUCAUUUUCAUCACAUACGGGUUUACCGAGGAUAUUUUAUUACAAUGUAAUGUCACACUGUAAAUUCUGAAUUUUCUACGUUAUACACCGUAACAUGUAUAUAUUUACGUCCAUAUACAAAUGUACUAAAUUCGAAAUAUACAGUAUGACAGGUGCUAUAGGGCAUCAUGUUUGUAAAUUUAUAAAACCGAGGGUAUGUUGUAUUAAUAUAUUAUAUGACAUAUAAA